AUGCUGAUUACUCUAGAAUGCAUUCUACUUGCGUUACAGGCGGUUGCUGCAGUUCGAAUUGCAUUAGAAUCACCUUUUGAAAUUGACAGUCAAUCAAACAAUAGGCUAUCAAAACGAUCACCCGUUGAAUUGGGCCGUGAUGCUGAUCAAUGCUUCACAAUGAAAGUCAAUGUUCAUGGAGUUGAUUUGAAUUUACGAGUCGAUUCAUCAAUCUCCGAUAUAAUUGUACCACUUCCUGGUUCAAGCAACGAUAUAGGUUUGGCUAUACAAAGUAUUACAAGUGGAAACCCCGUUAGUAUAAAGUACAAAGGCAAAGAGUAUAGAGGAGUUACAUCCACAGCCGUUGUGACAAUUCCGGGUACUAGGAUAACUGACAUCAGUUUACCAGUAAUAGCAUCUGAAAGACAAUCGGCAGAUUCGGUUGGUAUCGAUCCAGAGUUUGAUGGAAUGUUUGGCUUUGCCUAUCCCUCGUUGUCAAAACAUCAUUCACGAAUCACUGCAAUGGAUGCUUUGUACAGCAAUGAUGCCAUUCCCAAUAACGAGGUUAGUAUUCAACUAUGUCCGUAUGAAAUGCUUUCAGAUAGCUUCAUCAAUAUAGGAAACACGGACAUAACUCCAAAAUGUGGAACGAAUGGAAGGAGUGUUGCAUGGGUAGACUCACCACCAGACGGUCGCCAUACUGUCAACAUCAAGAGUAUACUAAUCAAUGGCAAACAAGUGGAUCUGCCUGCUGAAUUCCAAAAAAACCAAGGAAAAGAUGGACGUACUCUGUACUCGGUUAUACAAACAUGUUUUACAUUUAUUCAUUUCCCUAAAGUAGUCGUGAAAGCGUUGGUUGAUGCUAUUGUUGGUAGUAAUGCAAUCACUGUCAAAAAAACUAUGUUUAGUAACAAAAUCAACUCGGAAGAUAUUGAUGAAAUAUUUUGGAAACAUUACGCAAUGAUUGAAUCCAAAUAUGAUAUCGAUUGGAGCAGGCUGCCGUCGCUUACAAUUAAAAUGUUUGCUCAAACUCCCGUAACUGAUGACAACUACAACUCCGUUGUAACAAUCAAAUUGGGUUCCAAAGAUUAUAUGCAAAACAUUAACUCUAAGCAUGUUUGGUUUACUGUAAGAGUUGGUUCAGAUGAUUAUUCAAUUCUUGGCAUGUCAUUUAUGAACCGACUUGCAGUCACAUUUGAUUUACAAAAUAAACGCAUUGGGUUUGGUCCUGGAUGUGGAUGCGAACUCUCGACUGAUGGAUAUCCUACUAUUUCGGAUCAUUAUCAAGUGCUCUGGCCAUUACCACGAUUGCCUGAACAACCAAGUACUUCAGGUUCAGAUGGCACAUUUAUUCGCAGGAGGAAACCAACAACUACAACUAAUCAAGUAGCUGUGCCUGAAAACACUCACCACACUGUCAAGAGUCACAAACAUACUCUCAAUAAACUCGACUGA